ACUUCAACCACCUGACGAUUGUGUUGUUGUUGCUGCUUCGUGUUUGCGCACCCCACCUUCUGCUCUUCUUCAUCGUCGUUGAUUGAUUGACCUUGUUCAUCUUCUGCGCUGGUUGCUGGUUGGCUGCGAAGGACAAGCAUAGUGUCGAGCAAACGACCUUGCUUGAAAGUGUUGCCCGUCGCUGUUAUCGCUUCUGCCGCUGCUGCUGGUUGAGGCAGACGUUCGUUCGUGCGUGCUGGGUUUGUGUUUGUGUUUGGGUUUGUGGUUUGUUUGGGUUUGUGUGAGGGGGCAGACAAGGCGCCAUGUUUGAUCGCGUACGGAAAUGGUUUGAUGGCGUGUACAAGUCCUUCACCGACCCCAAUGACACCACGCCUUCAUCGUCCUCUGCGCCUGGUGCCGGAUCAAGGCCCGGCGCAACAAAACCAACAAAUGUCGUUGUACCGGUGACUGCGAAACAAGGGUCUCGAUUUGUGGAUGAAGACGGCUUUGCCGCGCAUGAGUUUUAUGAGGAAGCAGAGGACGGCCACACACUGAAGCGUGUUCCACAGAGCAGACUACGACCUGAGGGGACAAUCAAACUUGACAAACCGGUGCUGCCCACAGACUGCCCAAUCUUGCUGUGUACAGCCCAUUCUUUCUAGCAAACCUGACGCCUUCUCCCCUCUUUCGCUUUCGCCCCUAACCGCGAUGAUGACAACAACGAAGUGGGCUGCCAGCAGAAGUGUGCCCUUGCUUGCUUGCUUGCUUGCUUGCUGAGCUGUGUCGCUUGCAUGUGUGUGUGUGUGUGAGUGCGUGCGCGUGUGUGCCGGUCUGGUGGACCUCAUCUCCGCAACGGCCAUGCCCUGUGUGUGUGUUCAUUGUUUCGAACCUAUGAUUUCCAUAGUUAACCAAUAACAACCCUGUACACAAACGCGACCGCAACGAGGUGUGGGGA